CACCUGCAGCCCCGCACCUGCAGCGCGUGCCUGCCACCCUCUGUUUCCGCCCGCGCCUGCAGCCCCGCACCUGCCGCCUGCACCUGCCACCCGCACUUGCAGCUCCGCGCGCGGCCCGGCUACAGCAUGGCAGACCAGGCGCCCUUCGACACGGACGUCAGCACCCUGACCCGCUUCGUCAUGGAGGAGGGCAGGAAGGCCCGCGGCACGGGCGAGCUGACCCAGCUGCUCAACUCACUCUGCACCGCCGUCAAAGCCAUCUCCUCCGCGGUGCGCAAGGCGGGCAUCGCGCACCUCUAUGGCAUUGCUGGUUCUACCAACGUGACGGGUGAUCAAGUGAAGAAGCUGGAUGUCCUCUCCAACGACCUGGUCAUGAACAUGUUGAAGUCAUCCUUUGCCACGUGUGUUCUCGUGUCAGAAGAAGAUAAACAUGCCAUAAUAGUGGAACCGGAGAAAAGGGGUAAAUACGUGGUCUGUUUUGAUCCCCUUGAUGGAUCUUCCAACAUCGAUUGCCUUGUGUCCAUUGGAACCAUUUUUGGCAUCUAUAGAAAGGUAAGAUUUUCUGAGCCUUGCUCUAAGUCCGCAGCCCAGCCCAUCCCCUGCCUCAUCCAGGCCUGGGGGAGAGGGUGCACUCCUCAUCUCUCUGCCUUUCCUUCCUUGUCUCAAAAGGCCAUCGGGGAGUUCAUUUUGGUGGACAAGGAUGUGAAGAUCAAAAAGAAAGGUAAAAUCUACAGCCUUAACGAGGGCUACGCCAAGGACUUUGACCCUGCUGUCACUGAGUAUGUCCAGAGGAAGAAGUUCCCCCCAGAUAAUUCAGCCCCCUAUGGUGCCAGGUACGUGGGCUCCAUGGUGGCUGAUGUUCACCGCACUCUGGUCUACGGAGGGAUAUUUCUGUACCCCGCUAACAAGAAGAGCCCCAACGGAAAGCUGAGACUGCUGUAUGAAUGCAACCCCAUGGCCUACGUCAUGGAGAAGGCUGGGGGAAUGGCCACCACCGGGAAGGAGGCCGUGUUAGACGUCAUUCCCACAGACAUCCACCAGAGGGCGCCGAUAGUCUUGGGGUCUCCGGACGACGUGCUGGAGUUCCUGCAGGUGUGCAAGAAGCACUCUGCCCAGUGAACACCUGCCCUGCCUGCGUCCCGGAGAAUGGCCUCUACCUGGACCGUUUGUCUCCCACAGCAGCACCCCGACCUGCUGUGCACCUCACAUUCCUAGAUAGCAGAAAUAAAACGCACGGCUAUUUUCACCAUCAGAUGCUGUAGAAUGCUUGGCACUCCCUAACCAAAAUACUGUCUCCGACACGCCACUGGUGGCGACAUGUAUUUAGAGUGGAUGGAGGAGAAAUAAACUUAUUUCUCCUUUUAAA